ACAUGGGAGCUCUGGUACGAAAUAGCCACGCUGCCUCUCUCUCUCUCUCUUUCUCUCUCAACGCUGUGUGUGUGUGAUGCUGAGUGUGUGCGCGCGCGUGUGUGAAGACGUGAAGACGACGCGUCAGAUACUCGAACCGGUCAUCUUUUCACCCGAACUGCUUGGUUAUCUCGUGACACACCAGGCAGACCGAGCGCAUCCGCGUGAUUAAUGGUGCUCUCGCACACUGUUCGUAUCCUCCCACCGGCGUCGCGCACUAUUUACGCUGCCCACCAGUGCUCGCGACUCUUCGCGCACAAGAGCAUCGGAAGCCUUUUUGUUCGCGUGGAGUGCCAGCUCAGGCUGUAGAAAUGCCUCUUCUGGAUGAAUGCUCUCUACCCAGAGACUGCCCUCAAACUGUGCCUGUGAUCAUAGUUGGAAAUGGUCCUUCAGGUAUCUGCUUAUCAUAUCUACUGAGCGGCUAUACUCCUUACCUAGAUCCGGCAGCUGAGCAUCCAAAUCCCAUACUUUACCACAAACUACAAAAGGCUAAGCAUCUACCUAUUACAGAGCAGGAUCUGGAGUACCUGUGUGAGGGUUUAGAGGGUCGUUCAGGCAACCCAGUGGCUGUACUCUUCGAUACACUACUUCAUCCAAAUGCUGACUUGGGCUAUGAGAUUCCUUCAGUUCUGCAGUGGAAGCUGGAGAAGCAGCACCACACUCCCCAUCUGGUACUAGGAAAGGGCACACCAGGGGGAGCCUGGCAUGCAAUGGAAGGAUCUAUUCUCACCAUUAGUCUAGGUAUUUGGAUGGAGCUGCCAGGGGUGAACUACAGGGAUAUUAUCCCUGAAAAAAGGAGGAACGUGACCAAUGACCGGGCCACUCCAGACGAGCUCUCAUCCUACUACAAGAAUUAUGUAAAGAUCAUGGGUCUCCAGAAGAACUUUGUAGACAACACCUAUGUCACCUCCAUUCAAAAACUCUACCGUGAUCAUGACAUUAACCUUGAAAAAGAACAUGGGAUUGAAAAUGACACCAAACUUGGUCAGAGGAACAGAAUAGAAAACCAUGGCAGUCAAAACGGAACAGAAAACAGCAACAAUGGUAGAGACAAUGGGUUUUGUAACGGUUUCAAAAAUGGAACAGAGAAUGGAAGAGGUAAAUCAGGAGAGGAGGAGAACAAGAAGAAAAAGGACAUGGAGGGAUUUGGAGACAACAGGAUUCCUAAGGGGUUUUCACAAGGACUAUGGGAGGUCAGGGGUUACCAGGAGCUGCCGGGUGACACCCAUAUUCCUUUCUGCCUAUUUGCAGAGAACGUCGUCCUAGCAACAGGGGCGUCUGAUUUGCCAGCUCGCUUAGGUGUGGAAGGGGAAGAUUUUCCUUACGUCUUCCACAGCGUGCGUGACCUUGGCAUAGCCGUCAACCACCAUGAGAAUUUGGGCCCCACUUCUGACCCAGUCCUGGUGGUUGGGGCAGGUCUUUCUGCAGCUGAUGCUGUGCUGUGUGCCUACAACAACAGCAUUCCUGUGCUGCAUGCUUUCCGUAAGCAGACCGAUGAUCCCGGGCUAAUCUUCAAACAACUACCAAAAACGCUAUACCCUGAGUAUCACAGGGUCUAUCACAUGAUGUGUUCUCAGACCUACCUGACAUGUCCCAUUGCCAAACAUGGUGCCAACCCUGUAGUUCAUAAUGCUUCCACACAAUUAUAUCCAGACUAUACCAGCUUCCCUGAGCAUUGCGUGCAUUCUUUUCAGCCUGACAUGCACUGCAUAUUAAGGGGAUCGAAUGGCGUUCUGAGAGCCUUCAAAGUCUCAAUGGUGCUGGUUCUAAUUGGAACCUAUCCUAGUCUGUCAUUCUUGAAGGAUCAAGGUCGGUACCUGGGGUUGGACCCCAGCAGGCCCAUCUCAUGCAGGCACAACCCAGUGGACAUAAACCCUUACACAUUUGAAUGCAGUGCUGAGCCAGGCCUUUAUGCCAUGGGUCCCCUGGUUGGGGACAAUUUUGUGCGCUUCCUGAAGGGAGGCGCUCUGGGCAUUGCAAGCUGCCUGCUCAAGAGACUGAAGCAGUUGAAGAUGAAAGGGAAACUGAUUGGUGAUGAAGGGGAUAGUAAAGGAGGAGGGGGGUUUGUCUGAAGUCUGCGGAAUCAUUUUUAUAAAGGAAGUGGUAAACUAUUUUUACAUCUAUUUUUAACUAUCCAGCUUUCUUAACGUUUUUAAUGUAAGCAAAAUAUGCAUUUGACUGUAGACUAGAGGAGAAUGUACCCAUGACUGCAGUACAACAGAAUGGGUAAGAAAGGUAUUUGGUAUCAUGUGUGGAAAAAUGUGCCAAAUUUUUUAUAAUGUUUAGGUUACUCAGGCUAAUGUUGCAGGUUGUCAUGAUAUUGCACAUACUGUUUUGUUUACUUGUUAAUACUGCAGAUGCUUUAAGACACUCAUCCCAUAAAUGCAAUGAAACACAAAUGAUUUUUAGUCUCAUGCAAGCAUGGGCAGUCAGAUAUGAAGCACAUGGGAGCCAAUAACAAGGAAGAAUCCUGGCUGCUCAAGCAGCACUACAUGUUUACAGCAUUCAUGCACAUGUCAUUUGUAACUUAAUUAUCCUGGUUAGUGGUGUUUCUGUGGUUUAAGCUACUAAUUUGUUUAUAUUUUGGGGAAGUGAACCAAUUAAGUUCAUUCAAAAAUAUCCCUGUGGGGAAGAUCAGGAUUGUUUGUAUGGGAGCAGGAUGGGUCAAAAGUGUCAGAAUUCCUAGGGAGAAGGCAGGAAGUGGAUUAAACAUGGUCUUGAGCAUAUUUCUUAACCCACAUUGACUGAAUAGGAGACUUAAAUAUUAACUACCUGAUUCCACAUCUGUAAAAUCUGUCCUCACAUGUUUUUGGAUUGUUUAGGUGAUGAGAUGAUGAUACAGCAUGAUGCUUUAGACCGAGCAACUAAUUGAUACCUGUGGGUUUUUAGGUGUUUAUAUAAAAACAAUUCUCAUUAACGUAAAGCCGUAACCUCUGGAAAAGACUCAACGUGAAUCGAUCUAAUUGAUUUGCUUCCCAUGAAAAGUUUCUAGUCUUUCAUAUUGUUGAUGGCUGACCAGAUCAGUUACCUGUUAUUUCUGAUCCAGUCAAAAAAAAAAAACAUAUGGCCUUGUCAGUGUCUUGUUAUUGAGAAUUUAAACAACUUGUAAAUUAUGUAUUAAUUAAUUCUAUUUAAUUUUACUGAUCUUUCUCCUACUUUUUUUCUUUUAUACUCAAAGUCAGGCUGUGACCACAUGGCCGAAGGGCUAGUGAGACUACAGGGUUUUUAUUCCAGCCAAACAAGAAUAUCAUCUGAUCCCAACUAUUUUAUCAUUUGAUCUGUUUGGCUGGAAUGAAAGUCAAGAGUACAUUAAUCUUCCUAUGCAUGUCCUUACGACAGGUAAGGGAUGUUGCAUCGUAGCCUGAAGAAUAUGUAGGUACAGUUAAGUUGCCAAAAAUAAGAAAAUAAAAUGUUACAUAAUUGUCUGAAUUAUGAACUGAAUUUGUGCGAAUGCUCAAAGUGAAUGCUU